ACGGCGCAACGGAGGCAGCACACUGCUGAUCUGGGCUCUGAGCGCAGAUCUCGCAGUUCGCUCUAGCGUCACGAAGGGUUUGGUUUUCGUCGGUACGUGUAGGAUUACGAUUAUCUCGACAUACAACGCCAGUUGCUGACCAUUGCUGAACUACUUGUUUAGUAUUCUGGGACAUCAAGAAGAGACAGAGAAAUUCCGACGAGGUGACGACGUCAAGGCAGAGUAUCACAGAGGUAAAAAUGGAAGAACAGUGGGGAAUCGAUGACACGUUGGAUUUUGGUCAGGCACCAGUUAAUAUGUCUUCUUUUGAAGAAGGACGCGCCCCUUGCCGUGGUAAAGGACGAGGCGCAAUACUGUAUAAUAAUAAUGACACAGAUUGCAGUGUAGGAGGCUCCUAUAAUAGUAAACAAACAAAUGAAGAAAAUUAUGAUAAUAAUACCUACAACGAAGAUACUGAAAAUAAUAAAUAUAAUGGCGAUAAUAAUAAAUUUGGAGGAGACAACAAACAAGACAAUGGUAGGCGUUAUGGAAAUAGAGGUGACAAUGAUCGUAGGUGGCAAGGCAAUAAGGAUAGGAAUAAUAGUCGGCGAAAUAGGGAUGAUAAUGGUGAAACUGAAGAUAAUGGCUUCAAUGGAAGUUAUCAGAACGAUAGAAAGGACAGACCCAGGAGAGAUAGAGAUGAAAAUAGAGGUGGAAGAGGUGGCGGUUAUGGCAGAAACAGGGAUGGCGAUGAUAAUGAUAGAGGUGGAAGAGGUGGCGGUUAUGGCAGAAACAGGGAUGGCGAUGAUAAUGAUAGAGGUGGAAGAGGUGGCGGUUAUGGCAGAAACAGGGAUGGCGAUGAUAAUGAUAGAGGUGGAAGAAGUGGUGGUUACGGCAGAAACAGGGAUGGCGAUGAUAAUGACAGAGGUGGAAGAGGUGGUGGUUACGGUAGAAACAGAGAUGGCGAUGAUAAUGACAGAGGUGGAAGAGGUGGUGGUUACGGUAGAAACAGAGGUGACGAUGAUAAUGAUGGCGAAAACAGGAGACGCAGAAGAAACGACGAUGAGUCCAAAGAAGAUGAUGAUAAAGAAGAACCAAAGAAAAGAGAGAUUUAUAUUCCACCAGAGCAACCUGACGACGAAAAUUCCUUAUUUGGAAACGAUGUAACAAUGGGAAUAAACUUCAAUAAAUAUGAUGAUAUUGAAGUAAAAGUAAGCGGUGAGAAUGCACCGCGUCCAAUACAAUCCUUCAAUCAAUCCGGCCUCAGAACUAUCCUAUUGGAAAACAUCACAAAGUCAGGUUAUACAAAACCUACUCCUGUUCAGAAGUACGCCAUUCCGAUUAUAAUAAGCGGUCGAGACUUGAUGGCUUGCGCGCAAACAGGUUCAGGAAAAACUGCGGCGUUUGUAGUUCCUAUCUUACACACUCUGUUAGAAAAUCCAAAAGAUUUAAUUAAAACGUCCACUUCCUGCGAACCACAUGUAAUUAUAAUAUCGCCUACACGCGAGCUUACAUCACAGAUUCAUCAGCAAGUCAAGAAAUUUUCUUUAGGUUCUAUCAUACGUGCCGAGCUUGCUUACGGAGGAACAUCGGUUAUGCAUCAAUCAAAUAGAGUGCUUAACGGUUGCCAUAUUCUAGUUGCAACUCCAGGUAGACUGUUGGAUUUUAUAGGACGAGGCAAGAUUCGACUUUCUUCCUUACGUUUUCUUGUACUGGAUGAAGCUGACAGAAUGCUUGAUAUGGGUUUUUUGCCCGAUAUUGAAAAGUUAAUAGAUCACGAAACAAUGGCACCUGCAGAAGAAAGGCAGACUCUUAUGUUUUCCGCUACGUUUCCAAAUGAAAUACAAGAACUUGCGGGUCGAUUUUUACGAAAUUAUUUAUUCGUGGCAGUUGGGAUUGUCGGUGGUGCUUGCGCUGACGUAGAACAGAACUUUUAUCAAGCAUCUGGUCAGUCUGAAAAGCGAAAAUUGCUGAAAGAAUUGAUAGAGAAACAACAUCAACUAGAAAAUAUAGAAGGUACUUUAGUAUUCGUUGAACAGAAAAGGCAUACGGACUUUAUCGCGGCUUUCUUGUCGGAGAGCAAUUUUCCAACAACCAGCAUACAUGGUGAUAGAUUACAAAGAGAACGAGAAGAAGCUCUAUAUGAUUUCAAACGAGGAAAAAUGUUGAUUUUGGUGGCAACGGCAGUUGCCGCGCGAGGCUUGGAUAUUAAAAAUGUCUCGCAUGUAAUUAACUUCGAUUUGCCAAAGACGAUCGACGAAUAUGUUCAUAGAAUUGGACGAACUGGUCGGGUUGGAAAUCGCGGCAAAGCAACUUCAUUUUUUGAUUCAAGUACUGAUAUGCCUCUCACUGAUGAUUUGAUGAAAAUUUUGAAACAAGCUGGUCAACCGGUACCUGACUGGUUAGAAUCCGGUGGCGGUGGCGGAAGCAGAACCUUCAUGCCAGGAAAGGGAAGGAGAUUCGGCGGGGAAGAUAUUAGAGGCAACAAGAAUGCAUAUGGUGAUGAGACAUAUGAAGACGCUGGUUAUGCACCUCCUACACAAGCAGAACCGGAAGAAGAAUGGUAGAGAUUAGAAGCUUCAUAUUUAUUUUACACAAUGUGUAAAAUACUACUUUGCUUUCUUUAAUUUUAAAAAGUACGAUAGCUUUCG